ACAUAUUAUGAUCUUAAACCUGCACAAUCUGAUUUUACAACUGUUGGAACUUGUAAUAUUUUAGUAUUACAUAAAGAAAAAAAUCAAAAAUGUGGACAUGAAGUUAAACCAAAUGGAGAAACUGGAAAUUUUAUAGGACAUCUUUCAAAUAAACAUAGAAUUACUAAAGAAAUAAUUAAAGAUGGACAAAGAAUUGAAUCUAAAGAAGUUAAUACUAUUAAUUCUAUGUUUAAACAAGUAGAAAUGAAAAUGGGUAAAAAAAAUAAAAUAGAUCAAGCUUUAGUUGAAUUUAUUGUUAGAAAUUCUCAAUCAUUUUAUAUCGUUAAAAGUAAGUGGUUUAAAGAAUUUAUUUAUGCAUUAAAUAAUUCUUAUGAAAUUCUAUCAAUGAAAUAUAUUAAGCAAAAAAUUCAUGAAGGAUAUAAUUAUUCAAAAACAUUAUUAGUAGAAAGAAUUAAUAAAGAAAUAGAAUUUU